GUGGAAAUCUGAGCUACGUUGGCUUGGAGUUGCAGAGAGGAAGUUUGUAGUCGUGUUGUGACAGUGAGUUUUCUUCCAGAUUCCUCAACAUACCCCACAUAUGGAAAAACAUUGCAGACGGCGGCGUAUGCGCCGUUCAGCGUUCAACUCGGACGCUGCCGACGGCCGUCGCGACGCUCCCGACGUCCAACCGUCACUCGGCGACGCUUCGCGAGCGCGCCAGCAGCAGCUGCAAACUACGUCACGUGAUUCGCGUCCGGAUCGACGCGAUCCGCCGGACUUACCGGAACAUCCGGAGCUCCGGGCGACGAAGCUACUUUUCAGUUACACUUCUGUGAAACUGAUGUGUGAAUGUGUGAUUGUGACUUUGUGA